CUCUGAUGACCCUUCAAUCGUUCCCCUCAACUUCCUCCAUCCUCGCUUCCGCAUUUCAUCAGCAACUGUCUGACUUUCUGUCUUGCUCGCUGACCGUUGGCGGUUGCAGUACGUUUCACGAUCCAACAUGGGUCAGUAUUGGCAAUUCAUCAACAUCGACCGGAGGCAGACGAUGGACACUGUUGGUUUAAAACUCGGCGAGAUAAUCCACUGGACAGAUCCAACGACGUUGAUAGAGUUACUCGCCAUACCUCGCAAGCCCAAGCCUUACGAACGCUCUAUUGAACAAGGACAUAGCAAGGAUACGCGCGACCUCGGCGCGUUGGAUAUCCCGUUCGACGUCUUGGUUCGCAUAUUCGCCAUCAUCGACCACGAGGACAUCCUAGACGCUGCCUGUCUCGCUCUCACCAAUUCGUUUCUCCGCGUCAUUGGCCAGAAACGCAUGUACGACGAACUACUCGCGUACCAUGCUCCGUGGCACCUAGAGCGCAUCAUCUGCGUUGGCGACUACCUUCAAGGCGACGACCUGCCUCCUAACAUUUUGAAGGAGCACGAGAAGGAGUCGCUCAGCGGUGACUUUCCCGACUCUGAAUAUGGUCCGCACGGCGCGCGGCUGUAUCAUGCGGGUGAUACGUGGAUCAAUAUCUCGUACCCAAAGACACUCUGGCGCAAACGUACCUCUGUCACCAAGGGCCGGUUGUCGGGGGCUGAGCGCCGCGAAGUGCAUAACAUGGUACGCGCCGACUUCUCCUGGGACGGGAGGCGCGAGACCGAGUGGAUCCUGUGCAACUGGACGCGCGCGGAAUAUGUACGUACCAGCGGGGUCGCUAGGCUCACCGAUUCAGCCAUCGAUGGCCCCUGGACAGACAACUUUCUGAGCCUCGGGCAUGUCCUCCUCACGCAGAUCUGCUGGUCGUCGGAUCCUUCAAUUGCCAUGGCGUAUGAAGGUCCCCUCCAUCGUGGCCGCUGGGCAGGGCACUACAUCGCUAUCACCACCGUGGACCAGUUGACGGAGAACAUCAGUUUUUCGGCGAAGAAGAAUUGGGUCGACGUCACCAAAGAGGUUAUAGCUCAGGUGUUGGAGAUAUGGAGAGCUGACGAUCCCAGGGUGCUUGCGCCGCACCUCCGGCUUAAGGGCGCCGACGACGCCAGCGACAGCAUUCCGGAUGCCACGGACGAGGAAGACAGGGUGCAAAGUGAAGAGGAUCCGGAAGCAGCAGACAAAGGAGCACUGGCGGGCGGCGAGGUUUCGGGCGAUCGAGGGGAGGAUGGUGCGUCGAAGGACGGAGACAACGGGACAUCAGGCGACGAGGAACGAUAAGUUGCUUGCAUUUACUCAUGUGUCUGCCUGUAUCCACGUCUGCUGGUCUGGGUGUAUCGUCGAGCUACGUCGUGUGCAGUAUGGUGGUGAAGUACUGCUGUGUUCUCUCAAUGGUAUUGUGAGUGUGUACACUAUAUUUAUGCUUCGUAUCGCUGAGCAAUGCGUCGCCUGUGA